CCCUCACUUUCUCGCCCGUGCGAACAUUGUCCUCGAAAAUUAUCAGAGAGAGAAGAGAGAGAGAGAGGGGGAAAAUUUCUUUGCUGUUGCUAUUGUUUCCCUCGCAACCAAACGCACUCUUCCUCCGCCGCCAUGGUUAUUGGGCUCCAUGCUUCACCCGUUUCACGCGUGUAAGGCACGCGCGGUGUUGCGUACGGAGCUUGUUUCACGCUGGUCAACUGGAGGAGGAGAGGUUUGGUGGAGAGAAGGGGCAUGGGUUCGUCGUUGUCCAGUCUCGCCGACGGAACGAACGGUUCGUCUGCGGCGACGGCGAGACCUAGCCUCGGCGAUAUACCGGAGAGCUGCGUAGCGUGCGUGUUCAUGUACCUGACUCCACCGGAGAUUUGCAAUCUCGCUCGCCUGAAUCGGGCGUUUCGCGGCGCUGCAUCGUCGGAUUCCGUGUGGGAGAAGAAGCUGCCGCCGAAUUACCGGGAUCUGCUGGAUUUGUUGCCGCCGGAGAGGUACCAGAAACUCUCGAAGAAGGAUAUUUUCGCGCUCCUGUCUCGUCCGAUACCGUUCGACGAUGGGAAUAAGGAGCUGUGGAUUGAUAGAGUGACAGGACGGGUUUGUAUGGCGAUUUCUGCAAGAGGAAUGGUUAUAACGGGAAUUGAAGACCGGAGAUACUGGAAUUGGAUUCCGACAGAGGAAUCUAGGUUCCACGUUGUAGCUUACUUACAGCAGAUAUGGUGGUUCGAAGUGGAUGGGUCGGUGAAAUUCCAUCUUCCUCCUGGUAUAUAUUCUGUUUCGUUCAGAACCCAUCUAGGAAGAUUCGCUAAAAGGCUUGGACGACGUGUCUGCAACUUCGAGCACACUCAUGGUUGGGAUGUAAAGCCCGUGAGGUUUUCUCUAUCGACUUCAGAUGGGCAAGAGGCAUCGUGUGAACAUUACUUGGAUGACAUGGAGCAAGACGACAUGUACGGGAACCAUAAACGCGGGUGUUGGAUAGAAUACAGGAUCGGGGAAUUCGCAGUAUCCGAUUCAGAGCCAGCAAUUGAAAUCCAAUGGUCCAUGAAACAGAUUGACUGUACGCAUUCUAAAGGCGGGAUUUGUGUUGAUACCGUCUUCAUAAUCCCGAUAGACGUGAAAGAACGCAAGAGGAAAGGGGCAGCGAAAUAGCUAGAAGAAUGUUCAAUCGGGUUUUAUCACACACUGCAUAUACUUUUGAAAGGUGAUAUUUUGGCUGUUUUUGCGGGUUUUUUCUGUCUUUUAACCGAUACCCGAAACAGGUAUAUGCGAUUCUCUCGACGGAUAGUUGAAUUUUCAUGUGCAUUCGAAUCCAGUUUUGUUUUUCUUGGUUCAUACUCUUUUCACAGAUUAGGGCUGAGAGCGUUGUGUUUUUGGAGUUAUGUUUCCUCUUGUAAUGGCACAUACAGAGUUUCUAUGGCGUCUGCAUGUGAGGUAAAAAAUUUCUUUA